AUAAACCGAAUAGAUAAGACCUCAUUCGUUUACAUCCCUCUGACUGUGGUGGGUAUACUACUAGUCUACAGCCAUUCUAUAAAUUGCUUGCUUUGAGAAUUGUUGAUAAAGAAACACACACACAUACAAAAUAAAAAAUAAAAAAACCCUCAUAAACAAGCUAGAUAGAAGGGAGAUACAUGCUUCUUCACUUCAUUAUCAUGUGUCUCUUUACAUUACCUUAUACAACAAUAUCCUUGGGAACUCUUCGAGGUUCCAACUCAAGUAAUAUGGGCAAAAUAUCAAAGCCCGACUGCUCAUCCAAGUGCGGGGAUGUUACAGUUCCUUACCCUUUUGGUAUUGGCAAUGACACAGGUUGUUCCCUAGACGACACAUUUUAUGUUACUUGUGACACGUCCGUAAAGCCCCCUAAGUUGUACCUCACAUCAAGCAACAUUGAAAUAUACAACAUUUCUGAUUCAGACUUGCGCAUUAAAACUCAAAUAAGUUUUAAAUGCAACGACAGUAAUGGAACCGUAACCCAGGACUAUAAUUAUUGGACUGAUUUGGCAUACGAGGCAUUCACUUUCUCGGAGAAGAAUAUGUUCACAGUCAUUGGGUGUGAUGAUUAUGCCUUGAUCACAGGGGUAGGCGAAAACUAUUUCAGCGGAUGUGUUGCAAUGUGCAGUGGACCAGUGGAUGUACCGGAUGGGCGUUGUUCUGGGGAAGGCUGUUGUCAGACAUCUAUAAGAAAAGGUCUCAAAUAUUACAAUGUUACACUCAACUCAUUUAGGAAUCACAGUGAUAUUUGGUCUAUCAAUGACUGUGGCUAUGCGUUCCUUGGUGACGUAGGCACUUUUAAGUUUCUUGGUGCCAGCGAUUUAUCUAGUAGUUCAGGCUUAGAGAAGAGGGUUGAGGAGACUAUUCAAGUUGUGAUCGAUUGGGUUAUCCGACGAGACCAAAAUUGCACUCAGGCUACGGAAUGCAAAGAAAAUAGUCAGUGCUAUGAUGUAGACGGUGGAGGCUAUCGAUGUAAAUGCAACGACGGUUAUGCGGGUAACCCAUAUCUUGAUCAAGGCUGCCAAGACAUCAACGAGUGUGCAGAUCCAGGAACAUACCCUUGUUAUGGUUUUUGCAAUAAUACUCUAGGGAGUUACAUUUGUAUAUGUCCGCUGGGAUCCGUUGGGAAUGCAACAACACAAAAUGGUUGUCAAGUUGUUGAUCGUCAAGCUAAAUUUUCCAAGAUUUUUUGGACCAUAUUAGCUCUAGGUGUUUUCUUGGGCACUGGGAUAUUAGUUUUAGCAAUUUGGAUGAGCAAAGUGGUCAAAAGGAGGAAAGAUAAGAAACAGAGAGAGAAGUUCUUCAAAAGAAAUGGUGGAUUGUUGUUGCAACAACAAACAUCAAAUGGUGGAGAUGCAAUUGAGAAAACAAGAAUGUUCAGUGCAAGAGAGUUAGCAAAAGCCACCGAUCAAUACAACAGUAAUAGAAUAGUUGGACGUGGAGGGCAAGGAACAAUAUACAAAGGCAUGUUACCAAAUGGAAAUAUAGUAGCAGUAAAGAAGUCCGUGUUGGUAGAUGAAACUCAAGUUGAGUCUUUUAUCAAUGAGGUAUUUUUACUUUCCCAAAUUAGCCACAGGAAUGUGGUAAAGCUAAUAGGGUGUUGUUUAGAAACCGAAGUCCCAGUUCUUGUAUAUGAAUUUGUCUCAAAUGGUGAUCUCUUCCAAUUCAUACACGAUGAGAAUUACGAGUUCCCUACUUUGUGGAGUAUUAGGGUAACGAUUGCUACCGAGGUUGCUGGAGCUCUUGCCUAUAUGCAUUCGGCAACUUCCAUUCCUAUAUAUCAUCGAGACAUAAAAUCUUCAAACAUACUUUUGGAUGAAAAAUUUAGAGCAAAACUAUCGGAUUUUGGAAUAUCAAAGUCGGUCAUGGAGGAUCAAACCCACUUAAGCACCUUAGUCAAAGGGACUUGUGGGUACCUGGAUCCUGAGUACUUUCAAUCAAACCAAUUCACAGAAAAAAGCGACGUUUAUAGCUUUGGGAUUGUUCUGGUUGAGCUGUUAACCGGAAAGAAGCCUAUAUAUUCGAUAGGCCCAGGGGAAUCGAGAAGCUUGGCAACAUUGAUUUUGUCAAUGGAAGAUGGGUUUAUAUUGGAAAACAUUGACGAUCAAGUGUCUGAUGGUCCAAAAGAGCAGUUCAUAGCAGUUGCCAAGCUUGCAAAAAGAUGCUUAAAUUUGAAUGGUAAACUACGGCCAACUAUGAAAGAAGUUGCUAUUGAUUUGGAGGGAAUAAGAUCAUCAAGUCCUUAAAAUCGAUCAUAUUGAAUCGAUCAGUUGUAUGCUUUUAUAUUUUUAUCUUUCGCAUCAUUGGUAUUUCGUGGAAUAUGUUAUAUUGAAACUUAUUUGUAAUUUAUCUCGUUACACGGAUCCAUGUUUGAUGACAAUUCAAGUAAAAGAUAAACGAUUUACAGCUGCAACAAAACGACGACCAUUGCAUUCAAGAAAUGCUGGCACAUAUUUACAUUAACUUAUGGGUUGUGUGUUCAGCUAGGACAUUUUAUUUAACAGUUUCAUUCUCUACAUUAGUAAUAUGACAAGCCCUUUUAUACUCUCAUCCUUUCUGAUCUAUGUGUAUGUAUGUCGCAAAAUAAUUUAAUAAUCUUGAAAUAACUAGUAUUUUCAAUAGAAAAAAAAGGCUUGAUGGGUAUCCCAUAUUUUAGUUUUGCGGCGUACAUAUAUACUCUUAUCUUCUAAAUAUAUCUUGUUUGUCUUCAAAAAAUUAGAUUACUGUUAAACACAUUAAUUAUCUAUAAGAUGAUAUUGAAGAGUUUGGACGAGUGUUUCCUGCUUAACCCGUGAUUACGACCUGUAUCUAUAAGGAUCCAACUCAACAUUCUAAUUCACAAGAUCAUGAAUCACAAACCGAAUCAGAUGAAGAUAACUCUGAUGAUUCUGAAGAUGAUGACGGAUCUUCUUUUGAUAAUGAUAAACUGACACCUUCGGAGAAAAAAGCAACUAGAAAAGAGAAUAAGAAGAAAGUAAAAGAAGAGAAAAGAGAAGCCCGGAAGACUAAAGUGCCGAAAGCUGUGAAGAACAAAAAGAAGAAGUUGGCGAAAGCAAAGAAGACCCGUUAGAUAUCAAUAACAUUCUGAUAAGAAAGAUGGUAAACAAACUUAGGUAUAUGACAAUUUUGCGGUAAGGAUUCUUGUAUAUUGUAGAGAAUCUCAGAUAAUUUGAGUCUGUGACAAGAUAUUCUUUGCAUUUAUCUGUAUGUAUGUUGCUAUUUCAUUUAAUGAUUUAAACUCGGAAAAUGAGUAUUUGAUA